GGACCGCGCCGCGGGAGCCCGCUUCUCCGCCGCCGUCAGGGACGAGAGGCGGGGGCGACAUGGAAGUGAAGGAUGCCAAUUCUGCGCUGCUCAGUAACUAUGAGGUGUUCCAGUUACUAACUGAUCUGAAAGAGCAGCGUAAAGAAAGUGGAAAGAAUAAGCACAGUUCUGGGCAACAGAACUUGAAUACUAUCACCUAUGAAACAUUAAAAUACAUAUCCAAAACACCAUGCAGGCACCAAAAUCCUGAGAUUGUCAGAGAAUUUCUCACAGCAUUGAAAAGCCACAAGUUGACCAAAGCUGAAAAGCUUCAGCUGCUGAAUCACAGGCCUAUGACUGCUGUUGAGAUCCAGCUGAUGGUGGAAGAGAGUGAAGAGCGGCUCACCGAGGAGCAGAUUGAAGCGCUUCUCCACACCGUCACGAGCAUUCUGCCUGCAGGGCCAGAGGCUGAGCAGAAAAACAAUACCAGCAACAACAUGGCAGUGGAUGAGGAGGACCCAGCAUAGAAGAGCGCAGCUGGCCCGGGCAUUUCAUGAAGUAAAAGGCCCUGCAGCCGUUUCCUGGACUUUCAGAGGAUUGUUGAUCUGAUUUUACUCUCUAUCCCAACAGGCCUGCAAAAAUUAGCCUUUCUCAAAAAUAAGCUGAAAAUAAAUAUUUGUGCCUCGGGAAAAAGAAACAUGGUGAAGACAGGCUGGGUUUGUCAGGCCGAGCGCUAAAGAGAGGGGACAAUGACUGUGGACCCCUCUGCGGGAGAAAUGUUUCGUCUGUGGCCUUUGCCAGAGUGGUGGUGGGGGGGUCUCUGUGCACAGCGGGUAAAAUACUUGUGUUGCCUUUGAUGGGCUGUGUCCUAAUUAGUUUCAUCUGCUUCCUUAGGAACUUCCCGAGCAGGGGGAUGAGAACUGUAUUAUGAGAAUCUAGUUAGAUGGCUGAAAACUCCCAGAGCAGCGGAGAGGUGCUCUCUGUUGAAAUGAGCCACCAAUCUUGGCUCACCUUAGAGGAAUUUCCUUGAGAACAACAGAGAUAAGAAAUGAAUGGGCCUGGCCAACCCUUCAUAUGCUCGAAAGGCCCCUUUUCCUCUGCUGGCAUAGGCUUUGUUUACUGGCUCACUAUUUAGCCCUAAAUGUUAGGGACCAGCUCGUUCCAGUUGAAAAGAGGUUGAAUGACAGUGACAGCAGAAAUAGUGUUGGCUACUUUUCUGAUCGCCUCAAUUUCCUGCCUUGAAACAGCAGCCCAGGGCAGGCACUGCCUGUUGAGAUCAGGUGAUCCCGAAUUUGCACAAUGGGCAAGUUAUGUGCACCUUUAAAAAGGGCAUAGUUAUAUAGCUCUUUUCUUUUUUUUUUGGUUUGGAACCUCACUCUGUCACCCAGACUGGAGUGCAGUGG